AUGCUGAUGGUAGAGCUUGUGGCCAAGCUCCCAAUAAGCAAACGAGUGGACUGGGCAAGGCACGCUGCAACUAUUCAGCCCUAUCCGACGAUUGUGGACUUCAGUUCGUGGUUGAUGGAACUAGCCAACGUGGUCUGCGUGGUGGCGGACAUCGAUGGAAAGGAGCCAAGGCGUCGAUUGCUUCAUGCCAGCGUCGACCGAGAGCAGGACGAGCAACAGGAGAGCUGCCGCAGGAAUUGUCCAAUUUGUGAAGGCCUUGGACAACAUGCAGUUCGGGACUGCCAACGAUUUAUUGGAGCCACACCUACAGAGAGGUGGAGACUCGCAAGAAGACAUCGCCUAUGCUUCAUGUGCUUGCAAAGCGGGCAUAUGACUGGAUCCUGCGCUGCGUCAGAAGAGUGCCCCGUGAAUGGAUGCAGGAGGAAGCAUCACCGUCUUCUUCAUGAGGAAAACAACGAAGGCUUCAGGAGACCGCCACAGCGAGGCGGCAAUUGGAGAGGCUACAACCGGCAGGCAGCCGGACCGAGGGAAGGCGUCCAAGUGAAUGAAGGAGCAGCCUCAUCCGUGGAUGCCUCUGCGACCCCGGAGAGAAAUUUGAGCUGUGUCGACGAGGACCGAGAACGACUUCUGUUCCGUGUAUUGCCGGUGACGCUAUACGGAGGUGGGAAGCAGGUGGAUACGUACGCUCUUCUGGCUGAAGGUUCUUCGGUGACGAUGGUCGAGAACGAGCUGGUUGCAGAGCUAGGCGUACAAGGAGUACGUCGUCAGCUGAACGUUCCGUGGUUCGGAGGCAGGGCCACAAGAGAGCCUACUAACGUGGUACGUCUGGAGAUCAGUGGAGCAGGCAAGUCCUCCCGACAUGUGCUGAGAAACGUCUAUGCCAUUUCGAGCUUGAGUCUGCCGAUGCAGAGCCUGCACAGAAGGGAUGUUAGGAGCGUGAACAAGGACGCUCGACUACCAAUGAAGCCCUACGUAAAUGCAGUGCCGAAGCUGCUUAUUGGUUUGGACCAUGGGCAUCUAGGACUGCCAUUGAAAACGAGACGGUUUGCCAGCGAGGGACCGUACGCGGCCGCAACCGAAUUAGGAUGGGUUGUUUUUGGGCCUGUAGAAGGACGACGAGACACGCCAUCACCAAGGUCUUGUCUGCUAGCCACGUCGUUGGAUGAUAACGUGGAACGGAUCGUCGAGGACUACUUCGAGAUCGAGAACUUCGGUGUGAAGGCGGCGCCAGCGGCCGCAGCCAGCGACGACGUGAGGGCGCAGAAGAUCCUGGAGGACACAACGGUGCGAGUUGGCCGCCGAUACCAGACGGGAUUAUUGUGGAAAACUGAUAACGUUGUGCUGCCACGUAGUUAUGAUAUGGCGUACAAUAGAUUGGUCAACAUAGAAAGGAAAAUAAAGCGAGAUGGGCAGUUCGCCCAAGAAUAUUCCCGGAUUGUUAAUGAUUAUGUCGACACGGGAUACGCUCGGCGUCUGGAACGACAGGAGAUCGAUUCGGGAAGCGAUAGAACCUGGGAAGGUGCCGUCGGAGUCUGCAGCGACAUUAAAGAAAUGUUUCACCAGGUGCUGAUCCGACCCGAGGAUAGAUGUGCGCAACGCUUUCUGUGGAGAGACGGGAAUGACCAACGGGACCCCGACGUCUACGAGAUGUGCGUGAUGACCUUUGGAGCAGCAUGCUCACCGAGUGCGGCGCAUCACGUGAAGACAGUGAAUGCCAAGCGAUUCCUGGAUUCGGAUCCCAGAGCAGUCAAGGCCAUCGUGGACUACCACUACGUGGAUGACUAUGUGGAUAGCUUCGCCACAGAGAGCGAAGCCAUCGAAGUAUCUAGCAGAGUGAAGAAGAUACAUGCAGAAGGCGGUUUUGAGCUUUGCAAGUUCUCGUCCAGUUCGCCUACAGUGGAGAGGAUGCUUGGACCCAGUGAUCACGCCCAGAGUAUUGGAUGGGGUGAGGCCGAGCAAAAGAUUUUGGGAAUGCGGUGGCAGCCAGCCACGGACGACUUCAGGUUUCGAGUGAAGUACCACAAAGUCGCCCCCGUCGUGUCCGAUGGAAAGAGAAUUGCCACAAAAAGGGAAUUCUUGAGUAUGGUCAUGUCAACGUUCGACCCCUUGGGAUUCCUGUGUUGUCUAAUGAUAACAGCGAAGUUGUUGCUGCGAGAGGUCUGGAGGAGGAAGAUCUCAUGGGAUGAACCACUACCGGCUGAAAUGUACAACGCCUUUAUGGACUGGCGUAAAGAGAUGGAGAAAGUGGAACGUUUUCGGUGCCCACGUCACUACUUUGGAUCCGGGCUGGUGAAGACUGUCGAGAUGCACGUAUUUGUGGAUGCGAGUCAGUCGGCAUUCGCAUCAGUGGUCUACUGGAGGAUCACGUACGAGGACGGCGACGUGCAAGUGAGGUUCGUGUGCGCAAAGACGAAGUGUGCACCGAUGCGAACGAUGACGAUUCCACGGUUGGAGCUGCAGGCAGCAGUUCUAGGAACGAGGUUGAUGGACACAGUCAGACAGGACCAUAGUGUGGCCAUUGCAGAGACUGUGCUAUGGACGGAUUCGAAGACAGUGCUGCGUUGGAUUGGCAGCACACACCGACGCUACAAGCAGUUCGUAGGGAACAGAGUAGCCAAGAUUCUGGAGUCGACGAAGGUGGCCCAAUGGAGAUGGCUACCAUCCGCCGACAACGUGGCAGAUGAUGCAACUCGAGCGCAACGCAGCGUGGACCUAAGCGAGGAGUCACGCUGGUUAAGAGGACCGGCAUUCCUGAGGAGACCAGCGGGCAGCUGGCCAGGAACUGCACCCACCGACGAAGCGGAUGCAGAAGACGAAGAGGAGAUGCCGGGUGAGUUCGUGCUUGUUGGAGCGAGUGACCCGUUCAUAUCGCUGGAGAGAUUCUCAAGCUACAGGCGAUUGCUGAGGACUACGGCUUGUGUCCUAAGGUUCAUACGUCGAUGCCGUGGACAACGAGAUGAGCUGGAGAACUACGGCCUCAAUGUAGCUGAGUGUGAAGCAGCUGAGGACUUGUUAUUCCGUAGAGCACAACGUGAGGCGUUCCCCGAUGAGGUGCAGGCCGCAGAGAAGGACUUGGACGUCGCUAAAGGAAGCGACAUAUGUGGACUGGCGCCAUACCUAGAUGGCAAUGGAAUCCUGCGAGCGUAUGGCAGGAUCGAUGCGGCGCUAUGUAUACCUUACAGCGCCAGGAGGCCAGUGAUCCUCUCCCACCGGCAUGGUCUCACGGAGAUGAUUGUGCGCGACGCCCAUGUGAGGAUGAAGCAUCAAAACGUGGAUGCUACGAUGGCGGAGAUCCGGACCAGGUUCUGGAUUACGAGACUACGAAGAGUGCUUCGUAGUGUGAUCUCGGGAUGCAGCGAGUGUAAGCUGCACAGAGCACGGCCGAUGCCGCCGAUUAUGGGACCCCUGCCAGAUGAUCGUUUGGACGCCUAUGGAUGGCCGUUUAAGAGCACAGGCCUCGACUACUUUGGGCCGCUGCUAGUGACCGUUGCUCGGCACCAGGAGAAACGAUUUGCGGAGAUCUUCGAACCCGAGAGGAUCCAGUCGGAGCUGUCAAGCAAGGGAAUUGAGUGGAUCUUCAACUGCCCAGCGAACCCAUCAGAGGGUGGAGUCUGGGAGCGAAUGGUGCAGUGCGUGAAGAGGGUGCUACGCCACACAGUGAAGGAAGUGGCGCCGAAGGAGCACGUCCUGGAGAGUUUCCUGAUAGAGGCGGAGAAUGUCGUUAAUUCUCGUCCUCUCACCCAUUUGCCAGUGAGUGCGGACCAGGAAGCCCCUCUCACACCCAAUAAUCUCCUCAAGGGAGCAGCUUGCCCACCGGAUACCCCCGUCCUGGAUGGAGGCCUCGUCAAGGAAGGAGCUACGCGGAAGCAGUGGCGCGUGGCAAGGAUGUUGAGAGACCGAUUCUGGAGGAGGUGGGUCUUGGAGUACCUACCCACGCUGACACGGAGAGAGAAGUGGUGCCGCAGAGAGAAGCCGAUUCAACGAGGAGACAUUGUCUUCGUUUGCGAUCCAGCCAUUCCGCGUCGAGACUGGCGGAAAGGCGUCGUGGGGGAGACCUUUGCUGGAACGGAUGGUGAGGUCAGACGAGCCCGCGUUAGGAUCAUGGAUGGAGAUCGGACCCGCUGGAUAAUGCGCCCCGCUUCAAAGUUGGCGGCUUUGGAUUUGAGUGAAGAAGUUCUUCACGGAGUUAUUUCAUUACACGAGACCAUUGCUUUUGUGCGACUGUUCGACUGUGAUUAUACGCUGGAAUAG